GGACAGCCCACACACCAGAGCUGCGGAGAAGCAUGGGACGAAGCCGCAGUCCUGCUCGCCACCGCAGUCGGAGCCGCAGUCGGAGCCGCGGUCGCAGCAACCGCCACCGUGAUGGACGCGACCGUCACCGUGACAAUGAGAAGGAUCGCACGCCUGAGCGCCGGCAUCGAUGGAGCUCUGUCGAGGAGGUCAAGGAGUCGCCGAACAAGGCGCCGGAGGACUCGAAGCCCAAGGUCACAGAGAGCAACGGCGAAAUCAGCAUGAGUGUCGAAGAGACGAACAAGCUUCGUAUCUCGAUGGGACUCAAGCCUCUCCGUCUCACCAAGCCCGAGUCCAAGGAGGUCAACCUGGCCAAGUCGCGUGAAGACCUCGCAGCCGAGGCGCACCAGAAGCAGCUCAAGGAAACACUGGAAAAGUCCAAGCGAAAGCGCGAGUAUACCGCCAAGAUGCAAGGCAAGUCCCUCGGUGAGACGCUCGCCGAAGAUGCAACGUCAACCCUCGAUUGGGUCCGUCGCAGUCGGACAACGGCGCCUGCAUCUCUUCCAGGCACGAAAGCCCCCGCGCCUGCCUCUUCAACCUAUAGCGCAAUGGACCUUCAAGGUCUCACGGUCGCUCACGACGCGCAGUCGUUCGAAGAAGGCGAAGACGUCAUUUUGACGUUGAAGGACAACCGUAUCCUUACGGAUGACAUGGGCAACGUAAACGACGCUGACGACGAGCUCGAAAACGUGACGCUGACCGAGGCCGACAAGCGUAAAGAGCGCGAAGACAUGGCGAAGCGCGCAGCCGGGCCCGUCUACUCGGGCUUUGACGAUGAUGAGUUCUCGACGGUGCUCGGUGACCGGCCCAAGAAGCGCUUGCUCAUGCAAUACGACGAAGAGGACGAUAUGAAGGAAGCACGUGCGCGAAAGAAGUUUGCGCUGAGUGCCCUCGGGGGUCAUGUCGUCGAGACUCCGUCCGUGUCAGCGUCGGCGGCAUCAGCAAGCACCGCCACCCUGGGCUCCAUCAAGCAGUUCCAGGCCAUGGACGACUACUACACACCCGACGAGAUGGCAGUCUUCAACAAGAAGAAGACCAAGAAGCUUCGGAAAAAGAAGGGCGGCAAGUCGCGCCGGCGCGAGAACGAUGACGAGGACGAAGCUGAGAGUGCAACCAAGGACCUCGUCGAGCAGCUCGAAGCCGAGGCUAGUGCCUCUACGGGCGACCACGGCAAGCGCCGGGCGGAUGCAGCGAGCGCAGUCGCGACCCUCGAGGCGCAGAACCGCGCGAAGUUUGAGAACGCCCGCCGCCGCGAGGCCGAGAAGGCCAAAGCUGCCGCUGUGGAGGACAUUGAUGAAGAGCUCAGUGCGUCGCUUGCCCGCGCCCGCCAAGCCGCACUGCAGGCCAAGAGCUCGGUAAUCGAGUCCAACGAAGCGCGUAUCUUGUCGCAAGUGGCAGCUGACAGCGCCGCGUCGCACAACAUCCACCGCGACGCGCCGACAGCCAACACGAUCGUCUUUAGCGAGGCGACGGACUUUGACGUGCGCGUCAAGAAUGCCAUGGACGCCCGCGUCGCGACGGCCGACAAGGUUGCGGCACCGGCGUUGGACGAGGACGAAGAAGAGACAAAGACGGAUGCUCCUGCCAACGAGGCGCAGCAAGAUGCCGACGACGACGAGGAUGACGAUGACGAAGCGACGUGGGGUGUUGAGGAGCCCUUGGUGCAAACGGGCAUGGCUGCAACACUCGCGCUGCUUCGGAACCGCGGGGACCUUCGCGAAGAUGUGCAAUUGCGCCAAGCAGGCCGUGCGAACGACCACCGCGACCGCAGCUUCAACGACGAGCUCCAAAUCAAGGACGGCGUCAAGCUAGACUACCGGGACGAAUUUGGCCGGCUCUUGACAAAGAAGGAAGCCUUCCGACAGCUUUCGUACCGUUUCCACGGCCACGCGCCCGGAAAGAAGAAGCAAGAGAAGCGGCUCAAGCAGCUCAAGGAGGAGCUUGCUCAGCAGAAGACCAACGUCAGUGCUAAGAUGCAGUCGCUCGACCGUCGGCAAAAACAAACCAAGCAGGCACACCUCGUGCUCUCCGAGGGUACGUAGUCGUCGCUGUGCACAGGACGCAAGUAUACAACUACACCAACAUGCAUUGUUAUUGUCUUCCUGCGCA